AUGGAACAAGACCUUCUUCAAAAUAUCUUAUGCAAAUUACCAGAGGACAAGCAAGUUGUAGUCAAAGAGUUUCUCAUUUUUAUUCUUUCACAAAAAAAUGAAGAUUUAUCUCCAAUCAUCACAUUCAUUAAUCAAUUCAAGCCUGGAGAGAACUUGCCACCCUCUCUUCUCUUUACUGAACAACAACAAAACUUACUUAAUAUCUGCAACGAUAACAAGUUAAAGCUUCUUAAGUUAAUGGAUUAUCAUCCAAACACACCAUCACAACACGCAUCGAGUCCUAUUGAAAAGAUUCCUCAAACUGAAUCGAACAAGAUAGGGGAAUAUGUACUGGUCAAACAAAAGCCACAGGUUACCGUCGAAGUGAAUUUUAUAGAAGCUUUCAAGGGAGUCGAAAAAUGUAUUGGAGAUACACAAGACAAAGUCUUUAUACCGGAAUUCUCGAAGACAGGAGAUGUCAUUGAGAUACCGGGAUACACUGUAAAAGUUGAAAUAUCAGACACUAUGGGGUACAUGACUUUCAAGGACGACAUUUACUGUUUGAUUCAACCAAAGGCUACUCAAGCUGUUCACCCGUCUGGCGUUGUCAUGAAGUUGUUGACUGGGAACUUCUUGACAUUCUUGGACAGAUACUACGUCUCAAAAGAUAAGACACUUGGACGAAACCACAAAGGGCGAUUCAUCCCAAUAACCAACAUGUGCUUCUUUGGAAAAGCUGAUCGAGCGCAACUCAGUGAAACAAAGUCUGCGUUCACCGUCCCACAGUCCACUCCUGUGUAUUCAAAACCAGUGCUGCCUUUUUUCCCACAAGUCGUAGUUCCACAACAACCAACCAUUGUGGCUAAAGACCCAAAUACAGUUCGCAUGAAGAAGUCAGUUGUACUCCUUGAAAAGCAUGUCUUUGGGUUUACACACAAGAAUACAAAGGUCAAUACAAUGUAUUGGGUAAAAUGGGGAAACAACUUCAUCACAGCAAUCGACUUAACAGACAACAUUUUUGGGACAGUAGAAUUGCCAACUGAUUCAAAGACUCCCAAAGACCCAAGCAAGUUGGAUGAAAUGGAAGAUUUCGUUGAAGACUCUACCCAUUACUAUGUCUCCUUUGUAAACGUCGCAUGUAAACCACAGACAAACAUGCAAACACUCAAAGAUAAUUUCACAUUCACUAUCUCAGACGUCUUCCCCGCUGUAAUGAAACGAAAUAAACUUGCUGAUAAAAAUAAAGUCCUCUUACAAUUGGAAUACACAAGAAGAGACUUGUACAACACGUUACUCACGUUCCCUCUUAUCUAUCCAAUAUCACUCGAACCAGAACUUCUUAAAGAAAACAGGGUCUUUAUACCUUUCUUCAAGUUCAACUCACAGAAUAAAAGCAUCUUAGUGAUUGAUCUGACACUUGUCGACUAA